AACACGCUCGCGGUACGCCCGAGCUCGCAAGCUUUCACAUCGCCCUAGAGAGCGCAAAUCCCUGAGGACGCAGAGCACAGAAAGAUGACCUUGGGAGCCCAAGCAAACAAUGGUCAGCUCCUCGCGACCAUUGAACCGCUCCUCAAGUGGGCGCUUCACACGUCGACCUGGUCCUAAAAAUAUCGCGACCGACGAGCCAAACGAGAGCCGCCCAUCAUCGCAGACAGCAGCCGCGCCCGCGUCGCAACACGCGCCCUCUGUUCCCUCCGGCACGUCAUCGAUUGCGCCAGCCGAGAAGACUCCCACUGCAUCACCAGAAGCGCAGCGAUUGAAGCUACUGGGCGCCAACCCUGCCUUGAAGAACCGCGGCUCAACGCGUAAGAAGGGCGCAACCCCGAUCAGCAACGCUGAGGAACCGAGACCUCCGACCAAAGUCACAGUCACACAGCCUCACGGAGGGCUAGUACAAACCACCAACGGCGUGCAAACAUCGCUAGACAUCCGCGAGGACGAUGUCCCCUCGAAUUCCGCAACACCCAAGCCUGAGGGCACGGGCGCUCUACUGGUCCCCGGCUCUGGGCCACCACAAUCUCAGGACAAGAGAACGCUGAGGAGUCAAGAUGGAGGAUCGCGCUUAAAGAGCGACCUGGCUAUAUACUUUCCAAACUAUGACGAGGUGAUUUCAGGUGUCCCCCAGCAACCAGACUUCCUAGAGGUUGAUGCGCCUAUCUACAUUACAGAUGAACCGCUCAAGGAAGCCCCUACAAUCCCCGUGCCUGCAGCACCAGCGCCACCGGCGCAAAAGCGGCGUGCGUCUGUCCUCACUUCCUCUCAAUCCUCCGCCAAUGGUCCGUCCGCCUACGUGAACGGUUAUAGGCCCGUUGCUCAAGUGAACAGCGGCACACAGACCGUCGAUUUUUCUACUAUUGUUCGGCACACUCCUCAUCACAUAACAAGCGAUCCUCUGGGCGAUGAUGUCUUUUUCAAGGCACAUCGGCGCGCAGAGCGCAAAGAGAAACAACUUCGCAACAUAGAGAAAGAAAGGGCUAUGCACGAAAAAGUGCAAUUAGAGCGUUUGUUGGACGGGCUUCUUGGCCAUGACUGGCUACGCGUCAUGGGUAUCACGGGUAUCACCGACUCGGAAAGGAAGGAAUGGGAGCCCAAGCGCGACUACUUCAUUGCUGAAGUCAGAGCUUUAGUGGACAAGUUCCGAGUAUGGAAGGAAGAAGAAAAGAGACUGAAAAUGGAGAAGGAGCAAGCUUUGCUUGCCAAGGAAGAAGAAGAGGACGAAGCCGAGCCUGUGGAAGAGAAAAGUACCGGCGAACCUGCCGAUUCCAGCGAUGUUGAUGUCUGGGCAGCAAGGCAACUUCAGCAAGAAGCAAUCUCGGCCAGUGGAUCAAGCAAAUCAAAACCACGGCCUCCUCCACCUCCUAUCAUCUACAGACCGCCGUCGCCGGAAAGACCUUUUACGUCAUUCUAUUCGAAGCCUCACAUGCGUGCUGCUGCACUGGGUAAACAACGGCACGGACGUAAUCUACUUGCGUUUGGACAACCCAUUCCAGAGUUUGUCGAGGAAGAAUUCGGCUUACCAGAGGAAUAUCUGGCUCCUGAUGCGCUACGUGCGCAUGCACGAAACAAACGGCGCAGGAUGAGAGAGAAGAAGCAGUAGCUUCCUGUACAGCAACCAAUAGCCUUUUUAUUUCUUUUUAGUUUUCAUGGCGUUUUGAACUGUGCUCGAAACAUGGGCGCGCAGGACACACAUAGGGACACAUGCUUGUUAGGGCCCGGCGUUUUUUGAGUGUUCGUCAAGCUGGUUCUCAUGGACUGCUUUUCGGCGCGCAGCGGGCUACGGACAUGGUGCUCCAAAGGCAAACGAGGUGUGUACAUCUAGUUUAAUGCAGUUCCUAUUAACAGCCAGACAUUGGACGCAUUUGAAAUUGUGCCUACACCUGGCC